AUGAAGAGCAUGAUUGUGAAGACAAAAUGGGAUGCAUCUCUUAAAUAUCACACAAAGUUUUUUGAGUCUCUUGGUAUAGCUGGAAUUAGUAACCACAGUUUGCUUUUCUCAAAAACUGCUCCAUUCCCUGUUGUGCAAGAUGAAGAACUAACAAGGCAAUCAACUUAUGUGGGAAACUCAUCUUCUUACAACUCACGUGAACCAAACAUGGAUGCGAAUCUCUUCUUAAAAUCUCAAUCUUCUUUUUACCUUAAAAAGAUCUAUUUUAUUUUAUAUUUCAUUUAUAGGGGAGCUCAAUUUGCUAUCAAUCCAAAGGAUGUUAAAAAGAACACAGAAGACCUAACACAUCAACAUGUAGAUGCUUGGUCAAAGGCCAGUUUGAUGGUGUUGCAGCUGAGCCUAGAUAGGGAAUAA